GCUGGUUACAGCCUAUCAUUUAGGAUCAGGAUCUCGAGGCUGAUAAUUGGUACAUUGGAACAUCGAAAUGUAUCAAUGACCCUCGUGGAGAACCAACCCAACCCCUCAUCUCACCUUCGCAUAGACAGACACCCGAUCUCCUCACAUCAGCUAGAUACACCACUACAUCUCACAUCUCACAUCUCACUCCUCACUCCAUUGAACACCACCACACCAACCCACCCAAAAUGCCCACCCCAUCCGACCCCAAACCCACCCUCGUCCGGUGGUACAUCGACACCCGGCCCCUAACCAGCACCUCUCCGGCCCUCCCCCUCCUCGAGACCCUCCAACCCACCGAACAACAAGCCAUCCAGAAAUACUACCACCUCAAGGACCGGCACAUGUCCCUCGCCUCCAACCUGCUCAAGUACCUCUUCAUCCACCGCACCUGCCGCAUCCCCUGGUCCCAAAUCACCAUCAGCCGGACCCCAGCCCCGCACCACCGACCCUGCUUCAUCCCAUCCGCAGCAGUGCUUUCCUCCUCAUCCACCGCCCCAAUCCCAACAGUCGAAUUCAACGUCAGCCACCAAGACUCAAUGGUCGCCUUAGCCGGCACCACCAUCCCACCCAACCCUACACCAGCCAAGCAGCAGCAAGAAAUCCAAGUCGGAAUCGACAUCACCAGCACAACAGAACACCUACGCUCCCCACGGAACCCAUCCCCGCCUACCCGCUCCGCAUUCCUGGAGUACGUAUCGAUCUUCACGGAGAUAUUCUCGGCGAGAGAGCUGUCGUUGAUAAAGUCCCUGACGCAUCCUGUUCACGGGUACUCGGUGUCGUCGACGGAAGGGGUGGUGUAUAGUUAUCGGGUUUUUUUUGCGUAUUGGGCGCUGAAGGAGGCGUAUAUUAAGAUGACGGGGGAGGCAUUGUUGGCGGAGUGGUUGAGGGAAUUGGAGUUUUUGGAUGUGAGGGUUCCCGAUACGGAUGGGGAGGUGUAUCGUGGGGUU